AUGUGGCUCCGAGAUAGUGAGGGCAAAGCCUUGACUGCUUGGAUCACAUUUGCGGCGGGCGCUGGGUUUACACUCUUCGGAUAUGAUCAGGGAGUGUUUGGCGCUAUUCUGACCAAUGAGUCUUUCAUCAAGACUUUCAACGAACCGAAUCCGACCCUUCAAGGACACAUAACCGCUACCUAUGAUCUUGGCUGCUUUGCAGGCGCAAUCCUCACGAUGUGGCAAGGAAAUAGAUUCGGCAACAGGCGAAUCAUUCUCAUGGGCUCCUUUAUUCUAGUCAUCGGAGCAAUUCUUCAGACGUCGGCAUAUCACGUCCCCCAAAUGAUCAUUGGCAGGUUUAUCGGUGGUCUUGGAAAUGGCAUGAACACCGCAUCAAUCCCCGUCUGGCAGUCAGAAACAGUGCCGGCUGGACAUCGAGGCUAUGUCAUGGUGCUCCAGCUGGCCGUCAAUCAGGUUGGCAAUGUAACAUCUCAAUGGAUCAACUACGGCAUGACGUUCAUCGCCUCAAACAGCUUGUCAUGGCGAUUUCCCCUUGGCUUUCAAAUGUUCUUUGCCGUUCUGACAAUUGUCCUUGUCCCCUUUCUCCCGGACUCGCCUCGGUGGCUCAUCAUGAAGAAUCGCAACGAGGAAGCACUUCGGGUCAUUCGUCAGCUUGGGGGCAGACGCCGGUCGGAAAGGGAGAAUAAUGAAAUGUUCACGGUCAUCCAACAGAAUGUCGACCACGAGAUGAGUAUGGGAAAAAUCACCGUCAAAAGCGUCUUCCAGCGAGACGCCCUGCACACCACUCGUCGGGUCCUCCUUGGAGCCGGAACCCAACUUAUGCAACAAUGGACCGGAAUUAACGCUAUCUUAUACUACCUCCCAAUUGUUUUUGCCUCAUUGGGAAUCGACCACAACUUAUCAAUUAUCUUGUCGUGCUGUAACGCCAUGAACUCGCUUAUAUCAACUUGCGUUGGGGCUGCCUACAUCGAGAAUGUUGGACGCAAGAGAUUGAUGUUCUGGGGUGCCAUCGCGCAGUCUCUAUGCUAUUCCCUUGUCGCACUUGGUCUCGCCCUUGGAGGCAAGCAAUGGGAAUGUGUUGCGGUGACCUUUGUGUUCGGUUUCAUGACGGCCUUUAGCCUGUCGUGGAUCGCUGUUCCCUGGAUGUACCCGGCUGAGGUCAACACCCAACGUAUGCGAAUCGCUGGCGCCGGUAUUGCGACAGCCACGAACUGGAUCAGUAACUACGCUGUGGUCCUCAUUACACCAAUCGGCAUCAACAACCUUGGUUGGAAGUAUUACAUCUUGUACGCAGUACUUAACGCUGCUUUUGUUCCCAUCGUCCAAUUUUUCUACGUUGAGACCGCAGGGCUAAGCUUGGAGGACAUUGAUCGCUUGUUCGAAGGACUUUCAUCAGACCUCCCUGCGAAUAGCGGUGCUCUUGGACAAGAAGGGGAUAAAGAAGUUUCCGUUGCACAUAUCAACGAUACAUGA